AUGUUGUCCCCGCAGUUCUUGGGCCGUUCCACCUUCUGCUUCCUACUCGCCUACGCGUUCGCGCAAAAAGAAGAAGUGGAAAAACAUUUGGAGCGCGGGAAGCAGUACCUCGCACAGGGUCAAUUCGGCGAGGCGCUGAACAGCUACCACGCGGCGAUCGAGCUCGACCCGAAGAACUACCAGACGUUCUACCGCCGCGCCACCGUUUAUCUGGCCAUGGGCAAAAGCAAAUCGGCGCUCCCCGAUCUCGACAAGGUGAUCGAGCUGAAGCCGGACUUUACGGCCGCCCGGAUACAGCGCGGAAACGUGCUGCAGAAGCAGGGCGAGCUCGACAACGCGCAAGCCGACUUCGAUUUCGUGCUUUCCGUCGAGCCCGCGAACAGUGAAGUGGCCGCAAAAGUGGAGAACAUCCAGCUGCUCCGCCAAAUGGUCGCCCAGGGCCACCAUUUCGUUGAAGAGGGCGAUUUCGCCUCGGCCGAAUACUACCUGAGCAAAGCGCUGGAGACGAUGAUGUGGGAUGGAAGCCUCUACAAAUUGCGCGCCACUUGCUACAAGGAGCUCGGGCAAGUGCAGAAGGCGAUCGCCGACCUGCGCAACGUGGCCAAGCUCUUCUCGGAUUCGACGCAGGUCUACCUCGAGGUGUCCAAGCUCUACUACUCGAUCGGGGACGUCGAGGAGAGCUUGAGCCAAAUCCGCGAGUGCCUGAAGCUGGAGCAGGACCACAAGCAGUGCAAGGACUUCUACAAGGGCGUCAAGAAGUUGGCCAAGAUGCGCGACGACCUCAACAAGCUGGUGGCCAAUCAGGAUUGGAUGGGCUGUCUGGAGAAGGGGCAAACGAUUCUCAAGACCGAGACCAAGGUGCCAAAUAUCCAAUUCGACGUCUUCCGCCAGACGUGCAAGUGCAACGUUCAUGCCGGCCAUAUCCAAGAAGCGAUCCAAGAGUGCUCUGAGGUGCUGAACAAUCAGAAUCCGGAUGACGUCGACGUGCUCUGCGACCGGGCCGAAGCACACCUACUCAACGAGGACUACGAUGCCGCGAUCGCCGACUACCAAAAGGCGCUGAAGACGAACGAAGAGCACAAACGGGCCCGCGAAGGCCAGCAAAAGGCCGAGAGGCUGAAGAAACAGGCCGGCAAACGCGACUACUACAAAAUCCUCGGCGUUCGCCGAAACGCCGGUAAAAGAGAAAUCAUGAAGGCGUAUCGGAAGUUGGCCCAGCAAUGGCAUCCCGACAACUUCCAAGAUGAUGAGGAGAAGAAGAAGGCGCAGAACAAGUUCAUCGACAUCGCCUCGGCCAAGGAGGUGCUCACCGAUGAAGAAAAGCGCAAGCAAUUCGACGCCGGCAUCGACCCGCUCGACCCGGAGGCACAACAAGGAGGCGGCGGCGGCCACUGGGGACACCACGGCGGCUUCCCCCACGGCUUCAACCCGUUCGGCGACGGCGGCGGCGGAUCGUUCAAGUUCCACUUC